CUCUCCGGAAUCCGGGAUAAUGGGCCAUAAUUGCCGGAGGGCUGAGUUUCUGGGAACGAAAAAAGUACAACAAAAUAUACAAAAAAAGAAAAAAAGUGGCAGGCCUGACGUCACGUGCCAACUGUUGCAAAAUCCCUCUUGCUGCGAUUCAAAUUGCGAUUUUAAUCCGCCAAAAGGUUGUCAACUCCGACGCUUUCCGCUUUCCACUUUCCAUUUCCCAUUUCCAGAGAUCGGUCAACUGGAGUGCACCAGCUCCUCAGCUCCAUUUGUGUAACAGUCCCAAAAGAAAAUUCAUUCCAAAAUCAGGAAAUAAAAUCAACAUACUUUGUGGCUAUUUGUAUGUGUUGCUUCAACUCCAAUUGUCUCUUAAAAACUUUUGAUAAAAAUAAAUGGUUUCAAAAUGUUGAUUUCUCAGCUUCUUACUUUAAUACAAUUACUUUAAAGCUGAUAACUUGUAUAUUUAAAUUAAGUUACGAUUCUUGGGGAAGUUGCUUAAAGCUCAGGGAAUACUAAACAGAAUUUGUAUAUUUUAGCAACAGAGAAUAUCCAUGUUGUAUACAUGUUGUCUGAAGUGCAGAGCAUUGUGUGUUCGUUGCUUUUCGCUGGGGAGAACUUUCUUUCCCGCUGCUGUGUUGUUGCCGUGUUACAAGCUUAUUAUAAUCGAGCAAUUUAUUUAAUUUCUAAUUAUUUCUUAUCAUCCGCAUGACAACUCUGUGAAAAAAAUUAUAAAAACCAACGACGACGGCAGACGGAAGGAGGUGCCUGUUUUGACGGCAGAGCCGCGGAAGAAUAAAGUCGAGAUAGAUCGCUUUUAGAUACGGAUGCCAGAUAUACGGAUGCAAAGAUACGGAGCUGCCGAGAUACAGCGAUACAGCGAUACACAGACACAAAGAUACAAAGAUACAGAUGCACAUGCCGCCAAAGACUUGAAACCGCCUUGUGAUUUAUAUUUACUUUUGUUUAUAUUUUAAUUCGCUGUGGGAACUUCAUUCCCCCUCUUAUUUUUUUUCCUGUUGUUGUAGUUGUUUAGCUAUUCUUUUUUUUAGUAAUAAUUUUUUGCUGAGUCUCUAAGAGGUCUUAAUUUGUUUGGCGUCGUUACUUUUAAUGCUGCUGGGAAUGUAACCUGGUGCUGAUUUCUUGCGGCGAUUAUGGUACACGAUAAUUGGAGGCAAUUACGAUCGGAGCCCGGGGUUCAAAGUCAGGGUCGCCGAUGGCUGCGACUUUGCUGCCAAGUUCAUUGAGCAUUUGGCGGCAAAUAAAUUACAUCCAUCUCACCUACACACACACACACACUAGUACUCGGAUUCCCUCUUCUUCUUCUUUUUUUUGCAAGUAAAUUAGCCCGAAAUGGCCGGAAAAAGGGGGAAGCCGAUCAGUUGAUGGGCUGUGACUUUGAGAUCCGCGGCAAGGUUCCCAAGGAGGCCUUCCAGCUGUUCGCCGUCGCCCAGGCGAAAGUGAUGGGUCUCCGGGGAUUCAUCAGCCAGGUUUCGGACGAGAAGUUCAAGGGACACCUGGAGGGCGAGGGCAAGAUCAUCGACGCCUUCAAGAAGCUGAUCCUCGCAGCCGCCGAGUAUGUGGAGGCCAUCAAGGAGUUCAUCAUCAAGAACCUGAAGGUCAUCAAGGAGUACACCUACAAGACAUUCGAAAUUAAAGUGGAUCAGAAGUAGAUCAGGCCAAAAUUAUAAUACCAGCAAAUACAAACCGCUUAUGUUAGAGGUGUUUUUUAUCUUUUAGUAAAUUAUCAUUUGCCAACAUUCAAUGCAUGCAAAGAAAUAUUCCAGAACUAAAAGAA